UCAGUCAUUCAUCUCUUGGAGAGUGGCGAGGAAACUACAGCACAAAGAGAAACACAAGAUAAAAAAUAAAGUUCUGCGAUCAGUUUCUCAAUUAAGACUUUUUUCUCAUCACCGUUUAUUUUUGCAACCAAAAGAACUGAGCUGCAGAUAUUUCACUUUGCUCCUUCCGCUCUCCGUGGAGAUAUUCCCAUUUCUCUCUCCUGCAGCAGAGGACAAUUUUCUGUCCGUGAAAACUGAGAAAAUUUACAAGCGCCAAAACUGUGCCUGCUUUUGAGACUGUGCAUCAGAAGGCUCAGUGGUAACUUGAAUGCCUUGGACAGAGAGAGUGGAGCCCUUCUUUGCUGUGUGUGUGAAAGGAAUGGUUGGGCUUUUUUGAGGAGGUGGAGGAGGAGGUGACCUCAGGAGGACAGCACCACGAUCGUGGUGCUCUGGGAAAAAGCUCCGGGAAGAGGAGGAGGAGGAGGGCGCGUCGUGCUGGGGAAGAGCAUCCUCCCAGCCUCUUUGUCACCCUCAGGCACACACCCUUAGGACAGCAGGAGUUCAGUAAUCUUAUAAAAUUAACUGGAGAGGAGAAAAUAACUCCCUGCUGUACAAUAAAGUGAGUUUAAUUAAAAUAUUUAAAAAAACUAAUAAAAAAGUACAUCAACUCAAAUUUCACAGACAUAUAGACACAUCUAUAAAUCAUACAUACACACAGACAACCAGGACGCCCCAGCUCACUGCUGCAGAAUGGAUCUCGCACCAAUCGGAGGUUUAUCUGAUGUGCCUUGAGCACCGGGAGCACUUUGCCCCAGACCCGGCUUCCAACCCUGGUGCCAUCCAGCAGGCUGACCAGGAUGGACUCUACUCAUUCCUUCAGGAUGGAGCUGGACUCAGUGCUGUCGCUUGACCAGAUACGUGCCAUUCGGGCUAACAAUGACUAUGUGGAGCGGCCCGUGGCACUGGAACCUGCAACGCAGUCUGGAUUCUUUUUGGUCCACGAUGACCGUUACCCUCACGGUGCAUACAUCCAUCACCCCCAGCCUUCCUUCCCUUCAGCCAUGUCCCGCAGCCAAAGUCAACAGCAGCACACUCAUCUUUCCCAUUUGAGCCGUUCCAGUACCAUAAGCUCUUCUAUGUCACGAACAAGUGCCACCUCAGACCAGCGGCUACUGGCAGGUUUGACACCAUCUCACUCUGGCUUAGGUUCGGUGGUCCAUUCACAGCCUAAAGGGGACCUGAAGCCUGAUUCUUUUGGUAAACGCCUGGCGGAAGAUGAGGCUGAACUCAGUCUCCAUCAGUUCAUCUGUGAGAGGUGUGGCCGCUGUAAAUGCCAAGAGUGCUGCGCCCCACGCCGCCUGCCUUCUUGCUGGGCCUGUGGACAACGCUGUCUGUGUUCUGCUGAGAAUGCCGUGGAGUAUGGCACAUGCUUGUGCUGUGUUAAAGGUUUAUUCUAUCACUGCUCUGCCCAGGAUGAUGAAGAUAAUUGUGCUGACCAGCCAUGUUCCUGUGCUCCAGCCCAUGCCUGUGCCCGCUGGAGCACAAUGGGACUGCUGGCGCUAUGUCUGCCCUGCCUUUGCUGCUACCCCCCUGCCAGGCUGUGCCUUGCUCUGUGCCGGUGUGCCCACGACCGGGCUACGCGGCCCGGCUGCAGGUGCAGCAACACCAACACUGUGUGCCGCAAGAUUUCCAAUUCCAACCCUAAUCCUUGCCAUCCCUCGCUCCGCAGCAAAGCUCUGGAGAAACCGUUAUGACAGGCUUGAAUGAGGGCCAAGUAAAUGAAUUUCCCCUCAGAUGUGGCCAAAAGCAAUGCUGUCACCAAUCAACGGUCCCUCAGUUGACAUCAUGACGACAGUGCCAUUGUGACCCAACUACCUACGUAUGACAAGCCAACCAAUCACCCAACCAACCAAACAACCAAGUUGUUCACCUAACGUACCUUUAUUUCUCCAACUCAGGAGGGACCAAAGCUUUAAUGUGCCUGCUUAUGUUGGAGAAUUAAUGCCUAUGUUGAAGAAUAAGAAGCUGUUUUGCUUUGCUGGACCGAUCCUUAAACCUUAACCAAGACACCAAGACAAAAAACAAGGCAAAACAAAACAAAAAAAACAUGCUUUCUAUGGU